CGGACGUCGAGCGGAAGUGACGUACGGGGGCCGCCGGAGGUGUAGCUGGUGCGUUCCGCUACUGGGCCUGAGAGUGGUGUGGCCCCUGCGCCAGGGAAGAUAGCGCUAUGUCGAUCGAAAUCGAGUCCUCGGAUGUGAUCCGUCUUAUCAUGCAGUACCUAAAGGAGAACAGUUUACAUCGGGCAUUAGCCACCUUGCAGGAAGAGACUACUGUGUCUCUGAAUACUGUGGACAGCAUUGAGAGUUUUGUGGCUGACAUUAAUAGCGGCCAUUGGGACACUGUUUUACAGGCUAUACAGUCUCUGAAAUUGCCAGACAAAACCCUCAUUGACCUCUAUGAACAGGUUGUUUUGGAAUUAAUAGAGCUCCGUGAAUUGGGUGCUGCCAGAUCUCUUCUGAGACAGACUGAUCCCAUGAUUAUGUUAAAACAAACACAGCCAGAACGGUAUAUUCAUCUGGAAAACCUCUUGGCCAGGUCUUAUUUCGAUCCUCGAGAGGCAUACCCCGAUGGAAGUAGCAAAGAGAAGAGAAGAGCAGCGAUUGCCCAGGCCUUAGCUGGGGAAGUCAGCGUGGUGCCUCCAUCUCGUCUCAUGGCAUUGCUGGGUCAGGCACUGAAGUGGCAGCAGCACCAGGGAUUGCUUCCUCCUGGUAUGACCAUAGAUUUGUUCCGAGGCAAAGCAGCUGUCAAAGAUGUGGAAGAAGAAAAGUUUCCUACGCAGCUGAGCAGGCAUAUUAAGUUUGGUCAGAAAUCACAUGUGGAGUGUGCUCGAUUUUCUCCAGAUGGUCAGUAUCUGGUUACUGGGUCUGUUGAUGGAUUCAUUGAAGUAUGGAAUUUUACGACUGGAAAAAUCAGGAAGGAUCUUAAGUACCAGGCCCAGGAUAACUUUAUGAUGAUGGAUGAUGCUGUCCUCUGCAUGUGCUUCAGCAGAGAUACAGAAAUGUUAGCAACUGGUGCCCAAGAUGGAAAAAUCAAGGUAUGGAAGAUUCAGAGUGGACAGUGUUUAAGGAGAUUUGAAAGAGCACACAGUAAAGGUGUCACCUGUCUAAGCUUUUCUAAGGAUAGCAGUCAGAUCCUUAGUGCCUCAUUUGACCAGACAAUUAGAAUUCAUGGUUUAAAAUCUGGAAAAACCCUGAAGGAAUUUCGUGGCCAUUCCUCCUUCGUUAAUGAAGCAACAUUUACACAGGAUGGGCAUUAUAUUAUUAGUGCAUCCUCUGAUGGCACUGUGAAGAUCUGGAACAUGAAGACCACAGAAUGUUCAAAUACCUUUAAAUCCUUGGGCAGCACUGCAGGGACAGACAUCACUGUCAACAGUGUGAUACUGCUUCCUAAAAACCCAGAGCACUUUGUGGUUUGCAACAGAUCAAACACAGUGGUCAUCAUGAACAUGCAGGGACAGAUUGUCAGAAGCUUCAGCUCUGGUAAGAGAGAAGGUGGUGACUUUGUUUGCUGUGCCCUCUCUCCCCGUGGUGAAUGGAUCUACUGUGUAGGGGAGGACUUUGUGCUCUACUGUUUCAGCACAGUCACUGGCAAACUGGAGAGAACUUUGACACUGUGCCAUUUGGAAUAUGUGGCCCCUCAGAUCUUAGAAGGAGAAAAGAUAGUUGAAGGGGUAUACUGGAUGUUUUAAAGACCCACAUCUGGAAGUGGUUUGUUUAUAUUACUUUGUUUGUCAUUCUUUUUUGAUUAGAAUUAGUCACAUGCCGCCCACAGCCCAAAUGCAGAGGGGUGGUUGGGCAGGGAAAAUGAAGUCGUCUGCAGUCGAGGAAAAAGAAAUGGUCUGGUGAAUGUAUAAAAAAUUAUACACAUAGCUCUGUUAGAGAAUAACCUCAUCUCAAACUGUUCUUGAGUGAACUGUUGGCACGUCUGCCUUGUGAAGCCUCCAGUAUGGAUCCAAGAUGUGAACAAAACAAGAUGAGGUGGAAGGUGUCCUCUAGUUGAGGAAAAUACUAAUAAGUUCACUGAGCUGAAGGAAUUGUUUGGUCUCAGCCACUGUCUUGGCUUAAUAUUUAUAAAAUGGUGAUGAUGACUAGGACCCACUGUAGUGCAGGAGUGGUUUGGCUCAAAGUGUUAUUUAUACAUUAUGAAGAAAAGUACAGAAAAUGUCAUCAGCCAUGUGAUAGCCUCGUUUGAGUUUUUGGUUUGUGUGUUUGGUUAGCAUUCUUUGAGGCUGCCUUGGGCUUGAUUCCUUUGGUGAGAAGUAGGAGCUUCACUCUUCUUCCCUCCCACUCAGCUCUGGAAGCUUCUUCAGAGUGAUUUGUUAAGAGACCUGUAUACCCUAAUCCUGUG